AUGGACUGUGCAGAGAGGCGCCAGCGAGGCGUGAGGCCAAAGAUGCCAGCCUAUGAGGAGACGCCUUUGUGCUCCGUUGGAAAGGUUGUCCGCGUGACACUUCCUUCAGGGCAACUUCGGCGAGCAAUGGUCGAGUGCGUGGACGAGAGUGAAGGCACUGUGGAGGUGGCAUUUCUUGCUGCUGCAAAGGACAACAAUGAGGCCACGUUGCCAGUUGAUUGUUUGAGGCCUUUGGAGAUGGGCGAGCUGCCCUUCCUGGAGCCCAUCCGCAGUGAUUUCGUCGAAGGGGCAAAGACUGCAAAGGAGGUUGGGAAUGUCGUGUUCAAGCUGGGUGACGUCGAGGCCGCAGCCGAACUCUAUGGCCGAGCAAUCGAAGCCCUAGAGCGAGCGCCGGUUGCCCUGAAUGCGUGGGUCUUGGCCAAUCGACAAGGAACACUUUUGCCGGGCAACGUCGUUGGGGUGGAGUCAAGCAAAGCUGAUGUGGAGUUGAGAACCGAAGGAAGCCUUGAGGUUGUUCGUGGGAUUCCUCAACAUGCUUUGAUUGGCGUUCAGCUGGAGCACCUUUUGUUACAGGGCAGCCUCCACUUGAACCGCUCUAGAGCAUUGGCGCAAAUUGGACAGCAACAAGAGGCUGCUCAGGACCUUUCCAUUGCAAUUGCUUUGUGGGCAACACAUUCGGCAUCGGGCGGCUCCAUCCCAGCGGAGGGCACGGAACAGUUGAUCAAGGCACACUAUUUGCGGGCCAAGACUCGAAUCUCAAGGCGGAGAAGUUGGAGAAGAAAUGAGCAGCGCCCAGAGCCAGCACGGGGAGAUCUUCGCCGAGCUUGGGCCUUGGGCCCCAGUGCGGCAACAGCAGCGCUGCUUCGACAGGCGGAGCGUGAAGUGGACAUCAUGGAGAAGGAGAAGGUGAGGAGCAACAAGAAGCUGGCCAAGGAGAUUGCGAAGCUUGCAGAUGUGGCCAUGUCAGGCAGCGACCACGGUGUGACACGAGGAGGAACACUCACAAGCAGAGGCUCUACAAGAACACCUUGUGAUUGA